CAACCAGGCAAAGGUUCAGAAGGAAAUGUGAAUGAAAGCCAGUGAAAAAAGGCCCCACUCAACUGAAAAGCUCACGUGAAUUUGAAAGGAGUUUAUAAAUACGACAUCAUGCGAGGAACUCUGAUAGUUUUUAGUUUGUUAUUAGGGUUUAGCGAGAGCUCGUUAGGGCCCUAUAGAUACCUAUCUACUCCAAAAGAUAUCCAUGGUGACGUCAUUUGUAACAAACAACUUCCGGACCAAUGUGACGUGAACCUGACAUGGCCGGAAGUGCAUUAUAAGAAGUCAUGGAAACCAUUGCUGUAUAUCAUAAAGCGGGAUAGCUCGGCAGAUUCCACAUCCACCACAGAUGAGACUGGGGUCAACACUCUCCUUGUCAAAGGCCUCGGAAAAGACAAAACAUUUAACUUCAUCGUCAAAGCAAAACAAGGCUGGCUGCUCAGCGAUUGGAGUGAAACACUUCACGUGACAACAUCGACGCCACCUGUCGUUAAGAGGGGAGAUAGUGGAGAUGACGAUGCUAAAUAUCCAAAACCCAGAGGAUUAAAAGUCAAGUUUAUUUCGCCUAUUGGCUUCAAGCUGAAAUGGCGAGACCCAAAAGACGCAAAAACACUAGAUGUCAAAGGUUACCGAGUGACCUGGAAACAGAAAAAAGGCCAAACGUUUAAGUCAAAAGUCAUAACGAGGCGAUCGUAUUCUCUAAAAGGAUUGAAGGCAGAAUCAACGUAUUUGUUCCGCGUCCAGACCGUGUACGCAUCCAAAGUGUCGAAGUCCCUGUCUUUGUUUUGUAAGACUCAGAAAGAGCACGGGGUUCUCUCCCCUUCCAAUUUUAAAGCAAAAGCCAUCGGGACAACGAAGAUCCGCCUGACUUGGACACCCCAGAAGAAGCCGACCGUCAAGUUGACCGGGUACAAGAUUCAGUACAAGAGACGCGGGGUGCAGCGGGGGGAUAUGUGCUCAGCAAAGGCCAGUCCCUGGAAGUCCAACUACGUCAUCUCAGACUUGCUGAAGGGAGAAUUCUACAAAGUCAGAAUCGCCGCGUUUUCUCGGUAUACCACGGGAGCCUAUACGCCAUGGAUUGUAGUCAAACUUCCGGGAAAGCGCAAUAACGAGCGUGAUGGCGAUGUGGAUACUUCCGUUACUGAAACUGUGCCACGUAGCCCAGAAGAACUUUUUAAUCUAAAAAUAGAACAGAUUUCCGGCGGGGUAAAUAUUACAUGGAAUGACAUUUCUAGCGAAGUAGUGACGUAUUUGGUGGAAAUAACGCAAGAUUCCCAUAUAUUGUACAUAAAGGAAAUCUAUGGGGAUCCUAUCGCUCUCGAGGUGUAUAGCCUUGACCCUGGUCAAGAGUUUAAUGUCACGAUCCAAGGAGUCACUUCUAAAUCUAAAAAAGAAGCCAGUGUGACAACCCCGUUUAAAACCCCUGUUCCGGUGACUGUCGUCACAGAAGGAGCCCACGUGACUUUAGUGGGCGGGAAUGUGACGUUGCGAUGUAUCGUACAGGGCACGCCGCAGCCUCAUUAUGAAUGGGUGCUGGGACAAGGGUUUACUAACUAUGACGUCACCAGAUUUGAAGAGGACAGCUUCGACAAGUAUCUUCUUCUCCUAGAGUUAUACAACAUUCCCGAGGAUUUCCAAAAUCCGACAUGCCACGCGCAAAAUGUAUUUGAAAACGUAACACAAGAACACGGCAUAGUUGUAACAGGUCCAAUUCCAUCUCCGGUUGUAAACGUCACGGCUCGAGCGAUGACGUCAAAAAAAAUCGAAGUCGAAUGGGAAACCACGAUCGAACACGAAUAUCUGAACGUGACGUACAUAGUGACGUUAUCAGACGUCAAUGGAAGGUAUCGGCGAGAGGAGGAAGUGGCCUUAAAUCGUUGUGUCAUUAGACAUCUCACUGAGAGUACCGAAUACAGGAUAUACGUGGUAGCGGUAACACCCGAGGGGCUACGGUCAAGUGAAAGUGACGUCAUUUCCGUUGUUACAGAGAAAUCGCUUCCGAAACCCACACUCCAUACUCUUUUUUGGAAUGAUACGGUCAUUGCGCUGAACUGGUUCACAAACUCCUCGACUGCACCAGACCUGUUCAAAGUCUUCUACAAGAGAAAAACUGACACAGACUUCCGAGUCAGAAAAGCGUUUCCACCCACUUCUACGAUGCUUCUACAAGAUUUACGUAAGCGGUCAACCUAUGACAUAAAAGUGAUGGCAGUGUACGGAAGAUAUGACGUAGCUUCUGACGUAAUAACAGUUGAAACCAUCCCCGAAAACUUCUUCUUGGAAAACCGGCGACCCACGCCCCCUGCUGAUGCCUUUCUGAUGGUCAAUAAGACGUCGAUGACGGUGCGCUGGCUGCCGCCCCACCCUGAGUACAUGACCCACAUACGGCAGUACAGACUGGACAUCUAUCAGGGCGAUGUCCUACAGCGACACCUAACGGACAACAGGGGACGUAACUACACUUUAACGGAUUUUGACGAUACGCAAGAGGCGACAGUAUACUUAACGGCAGUCAACAAUGCGGGGGCUAGUGAUCCAAUUCUCAGGAUUUACAAACCUCUUGCAGACGACGAAGACUCAAGACAAACAGGUGCAGUAGGAAAUCUCCGGGGGAAGCCGCUGUCUUCAAAUUCAAUUCUUCUAGAGUGGGACCCGCCCACUAACAAGCGAUUGGCCAGAUUUCUGCUGAGGUACCGCCCCCUCGAGUAUAACGAUUCGAACAUCGUCGACCAAUGGCUGGGCCCGUCUUAUAAUAACUACGUGCUGACUGGGCUAAGCGGCCCAGAGUCGUACUUUAUCUCUAUCAUCCCGUACUUUAACGAGAAAGUGGGCAAUGAUUCGUCCAUUGUUGUGCGCACCUUGGCUGGCGCACCUGUUGCCACGCCCCAAAAUCUGACCGUCGACAGAGUGAACUAUACGGAAAUCGCCCUACAUUGGAGCCCCCCUCCCGAGCCCCCAAGGAGCGGGGCCAUCACAGAGUACAUCGUGGGUUACCGGACAUCGGACACAGCCAGGGACUCUGUCCAAUACAGUAACGAUACCAAAGUCAUCCUCGGGGACUUACUACCAGACACGACGUAUUAUGUGCGAGUCGCUGCGCUCACUUUUAAUGAAACAGGGCCGUAUACAACAUGGCUGACAGCAACGACUCCUCCUCUUCCGGUUGUGAAGGAACCACCGGCACCACCCAUAAAUUUCACCACGAAGCAGGUGCCAUAUGGAAUCACAUUACAUUGGCAGAGACCGGAGCGGCUAGAGGUCCCGGUCAAUGGAUACAUCGUAGGCUACGGAAGGUUCAUUCCCGAGGUGUAUCGAGAAAUUCUUGGCGCCAACAAAAAUCAGUACACCAUUCAUAAACUCAGACAAAACCAUGAAUACAUCGUAAGUGUGCGGGCUUUCAACAAUUUUGGAGAAAGCGAACCUGUGAUCGCUGUGGCCACGGCAGGUGACGGGAAGAUGUCGAUUGUUCCACUGAUUGAUAAUGAUGUCGACAAGAGCGACGAUGACAUCAAGUUUGAUGACGCUCCGCAGAAUGUGAGCCUCGAGUUGAAUCACGGGGAAAUCCCAACAGUGAACGUCCGGUGGUUCCCUCCAGCUCAGCUACAGGGACAGUUACUGGGUUAUAACGUGUAUUAUAAGAAGCAGGGCGAGAAGAGAUGGACGGUUAUGUUUGCAGACAGAACAACGUUCCUGGUUCUCAGAAACCUCUCUUUCGACUCGACGUAUUACGUCAGAGUAAACGUCCAUUACAGUGAUGGCGUCAAAGCCAAACUUUCCCGGACGGCCGUCAUCAAAACGUUUUCUUUAGAGGAUACAAUACAUGCUUUGCCCACUCCAAGCAUCACAUCGGUUUUCUCUGGAACAAACUUUUUAGACGUGAACUGGAAACCGCCCCUCAAAGACUAUCUGCACGUGAUCGUGGGAUUUAUUUUAGGAUUUGGGACGCGGAAACCAAAUGAAAACCAGGCGUUUAUUUCUGCGAGUCAGAGAAGUUUUAGAAUAGAAAACCUAAAGCCAAAUACAACGUAUCUUAUUUCCUUGGCCAUGUUUAAUGAACAUGGGAAGAGUGCCAAGUCGAUUGUUAAUGCUACAACAAGUGCGCUAAGUGCGUAAAUUUACCAACGGGU